GUAUACCUAGGACUGCAGCCUAUGUAUCUAAGGAUGGCUUUGUGUGAUUGUUUUCAUCCCACUAUUGCUUUUGCCCCAUUGUAGAACCAGGAACUACUUUUAGUGCUUGACAAUCAUGUGGUUGUUCUUGAAGCAAUCUGGUGAGCACAUAUGUAUAGAAAAGGAUGGGAUAAUUGGCUAUUGACAAACUUUAUUGGAUAUGUAUUUGUGGGCAGGAACAAUUAUCACUUGCUGAUCCUGCUCACAGGAUCUUCUUGGAAAAAUGAAUUGGAUAACCUAAAAAUUAAUGAGAAUAACGUAAAAUGAUACCACCCACAACAAAGAGUAUAUCCAUCCCUUUGUCAAGAACAUAUUUGAAAACUUUUUGACGCUUGCUGAGCCUUAUUCUAAGCUAUAAUAUGUCUAACAGAAUUCCAUAGAUUCUUCGGAAAACCCAGAACCAAUUCACUCUGUGAACAGAUGCUGCAACCAGUGGUCUACGAAUUGGGUUGUCAGUGAUAACUGGCCUUUCUGGCCUCUCUCUUGCGACAGACGCCCCACAAAGAUCAACACUCAGAGGAGGGAAGGUUCUGCUAUCACUUUGUUUUGGGGCUUGAAGAAGGAAAAAGCAGUGGCAGAGAAUCAUUCUGCCUUCUGCAAAAAUUCAGUAUGAUUUAUGUGAGACCAGACCUCUCACCUCCUUUGAGUCAUCUGGCAUGUGUAGGGGACUGAGAGAAUGGGUCAAUGGGGACCACAAAUAUCAGCUGGCUACUAAGCCAAACCAAAACGUGUGGACUGCAAGCAACACUACAAUGCAGCUUAUGCAUUGUUAAAUACCAAAUGUUAGUUUGGUAAUCCUAGGCAUAUUUGUAUGCUUUCCUGCUCAGCCACGAAAGGGCAAGAGACUUCCUUAUAUUCUUGUUUUAAAGGGAGAAAGUUCAGCAUAACCCGUAAAAAAUUUCAAUCUUGAGCUGGGUUUGGCUGAUUCAAAAGGAGCUUACUGUUCUGCUACAAGAUGCAGUGUUUAACACAUCAAUUGGAACUGUUUCCUGACUGUCUUGUUACUCUUAUCCUAUUUAAUGAUGUGAAAAAUGCUGCUACUCUAAGAAAAAAAGCAAUGGAAGGUGCUAUUGAUGGAGCAUUAAUUAAUCCUGCAAUGAUCGUUGAUCCAUUUCAGAUACUUGUCGCAACAAAUAAAGCUGUUCAUCUCCACAAGAUUGGUAAAAUGAAGACAAGAACGCUUAAUGCAGAAAUAAUAUUCAAUCUUUCACCGAACAAUAAUAUUUCAGAUGCUUUCAAAAAGUUUGGCAUUUCAGACAGUGACUCUGCGAUACUCAUUGUUUUGGUUGAAGACCGAGAGAAAACUGUGAAUCUGGAAGGUCUGAUACGUCAAGUAGAAGGCCAGCAAGUCUCUCUAGAAGAUCUCCCCAAAAUAACAGAUAUACAGAAAGUUAAAAAGAUGUACAAGCUUACUCCACAAGAAGAAAAAAUAGGCACGCUACUGGAUGGCAUAAUUUGUAGAAUGGCAACCAAAGAUGUUUCAUGAAAAAAACAAAUACACUAGAACUUCAACCUAUUUCUGAAAUAAAACUUAAUUUUAUUUUCUGUUUGGUUGGAUCAGUUUUAGAGUGCUCUGCAUUCAUGUAUUUUUAUUUGGAGACAGAAUCAGACAAUCUUAUUUUAAGAAAUGGAAAUAAUGUUUGAAUAUCGUGAUUUUUAAAAAAAUAAAAUAUUUUUAUUCACUGUA